CUCCUACAUUUGCUCAGCCUCUAAUAAGUAAAAACAGUUUUGGCUUUUUUUUUUUAAAAAAAGGAUCAGAAAAGGAGUUUCAUUGUUAGCUCCACAGCUCUUCCCAUUGUAACUUGUCUUUGUUUCAAACCGAACCUUUCGCUAAACAACAUGGGAGGCUGUGCGAGCAAACCUAAGGAGUCUGAUAUCCUUGAAACCUCUGCCGUGACUGAAAACGCCGUCGUGGAGUCCAAGAAUGUGGAGUCCGAAGCCGUUUCUCAGGAGAAGGCAGAUGAAGUUGUUGCAGAGAAGAAGGAAGAGUCUGCUGUAGAUGGAGCAGAGACACAGAAGGAAGCUGAACCAGCCAAACCGGCUGAGGCUGAGGUAGCCAAGCCUGUCGAGGCUGAACCAGCCAAGCCUGCAGAGGCUGAGGCAGCUCCAGAGGCUGUGAAGACCGAAGCAACUGUCAAAGCUGUUGAUGAGACUGAGCCACCAAAGCAAGAGGAGGCUGCACCAGCCAGUGACACCAAAACCAUGGAAGAGCCUCUUGUAACUCUUUAAUUCUCAAAGUCAUUUCUCUCAAAUCUCAAUUCAUAUUUGUAUGUUCGUCACCACUGUUGUUGUAUUGCUAUUUGUUGUAACAUGCACCUUAUGAAACGACCAACUUGUUGUGAUUUGUAAUCUCUCCUUACAAUUAUCUAUCACAUUGUGAUUAGUCUUUAUGUGAUAUAAAUGUGCUUAUGUUACUAAUAA